AUGCUUCACGACCUCAUCUCGGCGAUCCCAUCGCAAUGGGCGGGACAAGAAGACACACGCCGGAUUUCGAUUCUCAUCGCCGUGGCAUGCGUCGCUCUGACGCUGGUCCUGGCACGGUCUGGGAAGACAAAGCAGCGCCUGCUCCAAGGCGUCCACGUCGUGGGCGGCUCUGAGAAAAACAGCAUCGUCCAGAAUCGCAAACUCUUCUUCAAGAACUCAAAGACCAUGCUCAUCGAGGGCUACAAGACUUCGCCGAACGACUUUUACUACGUCCCAACCGCCCUGGGGGAGCGACUGAUGAUCCCGACCAAAUUCAUGCAAGAGCUCAAGACGGCGCCCAUGGACCAGGUUGACUUUGUGGGCACAUUCAUCGAGAUGUUCGAGGGCAAGUACACCACGCUGGGUAGCCGCUCCAGGCUGCAUGCGCGGGUAGUCAAGGCACAGCUGAACCAGAACCUCGACGGCGUCAUGGUCGGCAUCCAGGACGAGAUCAUCGAUGCCUUCAAGGAUUCCUUCCCGGCCUGCGACGACUGGACCGAGGUUCCCGUUGUCGACCGCAUCACCCAGAUAGUCGCCCGUGUCUCCAGCUGCAUGUUUGGCGGCACCACCCUCAGCCGCAACGACGAGUGGGUCCAGGCCUCGAUCAACUUCGCCCACGACAGCUUCAUCGCCGCUCAGACACUGAAGAAGUUCCCCGAGUUCUUGAAGCCGGUAGUCGCACGCUUCAUCCCCGCGCUCCGCAACAUCAAGAAAAGCUACGCCGCCGCUGAAAAGGCCGCCAUCCCGCUGCUGGAAGAGCGCUCGCGCACGGGCAAGUCCGCGCUGGACCUUCUAUACUGGAUGAGCGAGCAGGCCAAGGGGAACGAGAAGGAAAACAAGUUCCUCGCCAGCAUCCUGCUUAUCGUCAGCUUCGCCGCCAUUCACACGAGCGCUGCCGCACCUAGCCAGCUCAUCUACGACCUCUGCGAGCAUCCCGAGUACGUCGACAUUCUCCGUGAAGAGUACCGCAAAGUGAUCAGCCCGGACGGUAAGAUCGAUAAGAAGGGCUUUAUCCAGAUGCCUCUGAUGGAUAGCAUUAUGAAGGAAAGCCAGCGGUUCAAUCCGCUACUGCUGAUCACUUUCGAGCGUAUUAUUACCGUUGACUGGACCCUCUCAAACGGCGUCGUCAUUCCCGCCAAUACGACCAUUGGAGUCCCCACCAACGCCAUCUCCAUGGACCCCACCCUGUACCCGGAGCCCGAGAAGUUUGAUCCGUGGCGCUUUGCCUCGAUUCGCCAGGCCGAUCCUGCGCAGGAGGGAAAGGCGCAGUUUGUGUCCUCCAACCCCGCUAGCAUGGCCUUCGGCUAUGGCCAGCACGCCUGUCCUGGACGAUUCUUUGCCGCGCAGGAGAUCAAGGCCAUCAUGGUAUACCUACUCGAGAAUUACGACAUGAAGUUCGCACCAGGGCAGAAGAGACCGGAAAGCCUGCAGUUUGAGACACAAUACCUCCCAGACCCCACUACAAGGGUCCUUUUCAAGCGCCGUAAGCCGGCGACAGCAUAG